UCUUUGUAAUUUAUUACAUAUUUGUGAAUGAGUUAAUAUGAGUUGAGCUGAAUUGAACGCAAUGUUGUUGAUUUUCACAAUAAUGUUUUCUGUGUAUCUUCUCUUUGUAAUGUAUUAUAAUUUGUGGAUGAAUUGAGCAAUUUUUUUAUUUUUAUUUUAAUCAAUUUAUUUCUGCAGGAAGUGAAAGAAAACUUCAUGCGAGCCAGCUCAGAGGCAGCGGCCGCGUUUGGUAACGGGGCCAUGUUCAUUGAGAAGUUUGUGGAGCGGCCACGCCACAUCGAGGUGCAGCUGCUGGGAGACACGGCCGGAAACAUCGUGCAUCUCUACGAGAGAGACUGCUCUGUGCAGAGGAGACAUCAGAAGGUCGUCGAAAUCGCCCCGGCUCCGCAUUUGGACCCUGCUCUCCGUAAGAGAAUGACAGACAGUGCGUUGAAGCUCGCAAGACAUGUGAAAUACUCGAACGCAGGAACAGUCGAGUUUUUGGCUGACGGAGAGAAUAACUUCUACUUCAUUGAAGUCAACGCUCGUCUUCAAGUGGAGCACACCGUUACUGAAGAAAUUACUGGUAUCGAUCUGGUACAAUCGCAGAUCAAGGUGGCAGAAGGCAUCACCCUUCCGGAGUUGGGACUGACCCAGGACAAGAUUGUUCCCCAGGGUUAUGCCAUCCAGUGUCGUGUCACCACUGAGGACCCCGCCAAGAAUUUCCAACCUGAUUGUGGAAGAAUUGAGGUGUUCCGUAGCGGAGAAGGUAUGGGUAUCAGAUUGGACAGUGCAUCGGCGUUUGCCGGAGCCAUAAUUUCGCCCUACUACGAUUCGCUGCUGGUGAAGGUGAUUGCCCAUGCGGCCGACCUGCAGGCGUCCUGCUCCAAGAUGAGUCGAGCACUCAGAGAGUUCCGUGUCAGAGGAGUCAAGACCAACAUUCCGUUCCUGCUGAACGUGCUUGAGAACCAGAAGUUCAUGACAGGCGCCGUUGACACGUACUUCAUCGACGAGAACCCACAGCUGUUCACCUUCCAACCGAGCCAGAACCGAGCUCAGAAACUGCUCAACUACCUGGGCUCAGUUCUGGUCAACGGACCUUCAACACCCCUGGCCACCGCUCUCAAGCCGGCUGAGGUCAAUCCUCCCAUUCCUGCCAUUUCCACUGAUUACAGCAAAAUUGAACCGAAUGAGGAUGGAGAGGUUUUAGUACCAGCCCCACCCAGAGGCUUCAAGGACAUCCUGAGAGAAGGAGGUCCCGAGGCGUUCGCCAAGGCGGUGCGUCAACAGAAAGGCCUGAUGCUGAUGGACACCACCUUCCGUGACGCCCAUCAGUCACUACUAGCGACACGUGUCAGGUCACGUGACAUCCUAAAGAUAUCGCCCUUUGUCGCGCACAGCUUCAACAACCUCUACUCGCUCGAGAACUGGGGUGGCGCUACUUUCGAUGUCGCUCUUAGGUUCCUUCACGAGUGUCCUUGGGAGAGGUUGGAAGACAUGAGAAAGCUGAUCCCCAACAUUCCGUUUCAGAUGUUGUUGCGUGGAGCCAACGCUGUUGGUUAUACCAACUAUCCCGAUAAUGUUGUGCACAAGUUCUGCGACCUGUCAGUCCAGGUUGGCAUGGACGUAUUCAGGGUUUUCGACUCGCUGAACUACCUGCCCAAUCUGUUCCUGGGUAUGGACGCAGCUGGUAAGGCGGGAGGAGUGGUGGAAGCCGCUAUCUCCUACACAGGAGACGUGUCCGACCCCAACAAGAAGAAGUACGACCUCAAGUACUAUGUCAACCUUGCUGACGAAUUGGUCAAGAAUGGCACACAUGUGCUCUGUAUCAAGGACAUGGCCGGUCUGCUGAAGCCAGCGUCGGCCAAGCUGCUGAUCACGGCACUUCGUGACAAGCACCCGGAUGUGCCGAUCCACGUGCACACUCACGACACGUCAGGCGCGGGUGUGGCCUCCAUGCUGGCCUGUGCUGAGGCGGGUGCCGACGUGGUCGAUGUCGCAGUCGACAGCAUGAGUGGCAUGACGUCACAGCCCAGCAUGGGAGCUGUCGUCGCCUCGCUACAGGGAUCCGAAUUGGACACCAACUUGAAACUGUCCGACGUUUCAUCUUACUCAGCCUACUGGGAACAAGCCAGACAAUUGUACGGACCAUUCGAAUGCACCACCACCAUGAAAUCUGGAAACGCUGACGUGUACAUGAACGAGAUCCCCGGAGGUCAGUACACCAACCUGCAGUUCCAGGCUUACUCUCUCGGAUUGGGAGAGUUCUUCGAGGAUGUGAAGAAGGCCUACAGGGAAGCCAAUUUGCUGUUGGGUGAUAUUAUCAAGGUGACCCCGUCGUCGAAAGUGGUAGGAGACCUGGCUCAGUUCAUGGUGCAGAACAACCUGAAGAGCGAGGAUGUGCUGGAGAAGGCAGAGGACCUCAGCUUCCCCAAGUCGGUGGUUGAGUUCCUGCAAGGUGCCAUUGGUGAGCCAUACCAGGGCUUCCCUGAACCACUCAGGUCUAAGGUAUUGAAAGACAUGCCACGCAUCAAGGGCAGGCCGGGCGCUAGCUUGGCACCUCUGGACUUCGACAAGUUGAAGAAGGACUUGCAGGAAAAGCAUCCCCGUGCCACAGACCGUGACGUCAUGAGCUCGGCUCUCUACCCACAGGUCACUGACGAGUACCUCACCUUCAAGGAGACCUACGGACCCGUUGACAAGCUCGACACCAGGAUAUUCCUCGUCGGACCCAAAGUUGGAGAGGAGUUCGAGGUAACAAUUGAGAAAGGAAAGACACUGGCAAUUAAGACCCUUGCGAUGGCCGAAGACCUCACACCAAACGGAGAGAGGGAAAUCUUCUUCGAAAUGAACGGUCAGCUGCGAUCUGUAUUCAUCAGGGAUAAGGAAGCUUCAAAGGAAAUCCACCUGCACCCUAAGGUCGACAAGAGCGCCAAAGGUCAGGUGGGUUCACCGAUGCGAGGCACCGUCAUUGAGGUGAAGGUCAAGGUUGGCGACACUGUCGAGAAGGGUGCCGCCCUUGUUGUGUUGUCAGCCAUGAAGAUGGAAAUGGUCGUGCAAGCUCCCAUUGCCGGAAAAGUCAAGUCGAUCGACGCCCUGGUUGGCAUGAAACUGGAGGGAGAUGACUUAGUGGCUACCAUUGAGUAAAUACAGUGAAUACUACCAUCGAGUAAAUCUUGUGAACAACGAUUUGUGGAAUGUACUUGAAUGUGACAUUAAUUCUUCAAACAAGAUCGGAGUGAAUGCAAAUGACUUAUGAGUUCAACAGGGGAAUGUGUUCUGAGAAUGUACACUGGUACAAAUUACUGAGAUAGAGGCUCAAUUUCCACCAUGAUGCAAAUGCUUGUCGGCUAUAGGUCUCACAUUCCUUAUAGAUUGUACCAUAGAGAAAAUAUAGCACAAUAUAGCUUAUACUAUAUUUUCUUUAUGAUUGUAAGAGUUUAAAUUGUUACUUGCACCUAUAGUUCAAAUCGGUGUAGGUAUGAUAUACAAAUAUAGUUUGUACUAUAGAUCCAAUUUUCAAUUGAGCAUUGAUGAUGAGCUUUAGAGUGAAAUAAUUACGAGAAAUGAACAAUUGGCAACUUAUUGUCAAUCGAUGAAACAUAAUGUAGUCGUACUGCCAAAGUACAUUAUACUUGAAUUAAUUAAUGUGUAUUUGAAUAGCAUAAAAGACUACGCCUUUUACGACUAUUAUGAUACAUAAUAAUUUAAUUAUAACAUUUGUUACGGUAUAUUAAUUUGUUCUGCCAAUUCAAGUAUAAUGACAUAUAUCACCAAUCAAUGUGAAUGAAUAUUAACUUCAUCACAGGGUCCGUUUGUACAGUCUCCAAUAUCAAGCAUCAAUUUAGAGAAGAUCUGGAAAAGUAUAAAAAAUAAUAUUUGCAACAAUUUUCUUUGCCUAUGAUGCAUGAUACUAAGUUUAAAACUGCAAUUACAAUUCUCGAACCAAAUAUAUAAUGUAGAUACUUGAAUGUGACAGAAUAUUGUACAUUGUAAUGUAUUAUUAAACCAUUCAUAGGUAAAAGGAAAACGAUGUUGAUGAAUUAUUUUGUAAAUAUAUUACUCUACUAGAUGUGCCAAAAAUGUAUUCAAUUCAAAUAGAUUUUUCUUAUUUAUUUACAGAAAAUGGUUGAAGGUAAGAAAUAGUUUUCCUCCAAAAAGAAAUAAGACAUAUGGGAAAGGCUUUUGUAUACUUUGAAUAGAAUGUUUAUUUGUAUCAAAUUAUUGUAUUGGAAGGUUAUCAUGGAUAGUGGUGUAUUGUUAUUCUAUUAGAUGAUAGGAACACUGUAUUUAUAUCAGAACAAACUCAUAUCCUUAGAAUAUAAAUUUAAAAAAUGGAUUAUGAAAUUUUCAAUGUCAUUUUCAGAAAUGUUUUCACUAUUUUUGUAUAUUUUUGUUGCUGUUGUAUAGAAAUGUGCAAUUUUAGUCUAGUGAUAAUAUUUAUUUUAAUUUUGGAUACCACAGUAAUCGUGUUUUGAAAAUACAUCUUAAAUAAUAAUUAUAGCGAUUUUACAUAUUGAUGAAUUUUAUUAAAAAAUAUUGUAGAGCUCACAAUUGUGUUCAAUCAAUAUUGAUUUGUAAAUUCUUUAUUUACUACUUUGAAAGACACAUUACUAUUUUCAUCUUCUUGUUACCCUAGGCCUUAUGGUUGUUAUGUACAGAAGCAAAAUUAUUUUUAUAAUAAAAUUAUUGUUAUUUCUUAGUGAUAA